AUGCCCAUCGUCGUAUCUGACAAUGAGUCCACGUCAGGACAUGUUGUGUCUCGACCACAACGAACUGUGACACUUUCGUCACGACUCACCGAUGCUAACAACGAUGUGACUUCAGAGCUCUCAGCCCAUAGGAACAAACCUCCCAUGCCUGCCAUCAGCACCCCAACCCCAGUGCCGACCAGCGGCACCCCAAGGUCCCCAACACCAGGUGUUAUGGAAAAUGGACCUCAUACAAGACCACUGAGUUCGAACAUUGCAGGCAAACGCUUGCGCCACAGCGCAAGCGCCAAUGGUGAGGCAUCAUUCACAGAUGCUUCCAGCCCAUCUGUAAUUGAUACUGCAGAGGAGACUCUGAGCAUAUGCAAUGCAACACCUAUGGACACCGAAGGUUUUUUAUCCGACAUCAAUGAAAAGAGCUGUGAUGUUAGCGCAUUUUUCGGCCAGCCAUACGCACACAAGGCCAAGGAUGGGAAGACUCAUGCAGUCCAAGACUGUGAGCCAUGCAAAAAAAACAUUACCCAUGCCAAAUUGUUAGCGACACUUCAACGUGUCAACGCCACAUUGCCUUUCGGCAUCCGGAUGCCUAUCGACAAUGGUGCAAAACUAACAACUUCGAGUUGA